UUUUGGGGGAACAAAAAAAAAAGAAAGACGUAUGUUGCGGUCCCCAUUUAGACCGCGCAGGCGAACAUUUCCCAAGCGGCGAAGAAACCCACUCUGCCGUGCCCGUGCGAUGGCGGAGGAGCAGCAGAAGCCUUCGUACGUCGCCAACACCGAGGGCUUCUUCCGCCACCUCGGUCUCUUCAAAGAAUCCCUCCCUGAAGCCUGCGAGAAGAAGGACUUCCACUCCGAUCUCAUCCGCAGCCUCCUCAAGGCCGACCGCAUCGAGCGCGGCCGCAUCACCUGCUCCCUCUCUGUCAACUCCGCCGUCACCAAUUUGUACAACACGCUGCACGGAGGGGCGGUGGCGGCGGUGGCGGAGGUGGUAGCGCUGGCAUGCGUGAGGACGGUCGCCGGCGAUAAGGAGUUGUUCCUCGGGGAGUUUAACACGUCUUAUCUCUCCGCUGCAAGAGUGGAUGAAGAAGUAGAAGUUGAUGGACGUAUACUGAGGCAGGGGAGAAGCGUGGCAGUAGCUUCUGUGGAGUUAAGGAUAAAGAAAACCAGAAAGCUGCUUUACACUUCUCGGGCCACUUUUUACGUAAUGCCUGUUGCAAGUCUAUGAAUUCACCUGUUAGCGAUAUACCUUUUUUGCUAUUGCCAAGGACAAAGCAACUGUAGCAGUAGUAGAAUAAAGACAGACUGAAAGUGAAAGAAAGAACUACAUCCGACUGUAUGGAACACCCAUAGCAUCAGCUAAAAGGAUGGUAUGCUAUGACUGUAUUGAACUAAAAGUCUACAUCCGACUUGUUAGUGGUAUUUAUGUUGAGUAUAAAUAUGCAGUUGUAAAUUUGCAAUGGUGCAGAUGCAUUAUUUUCUUGGAUACGAAUUCUGCUUUUGCUAUUUCGUACAACAUGAUUGUUUCUGAGCAUAUGAACUUAUGGAUAACAAAUGUCUUGAACUGCUUUCUUAUGCAACAUCAUAA